GAGAGGUUUUGGAUACAUCGGUGGAAGGUAUUCUAACGCAAAAUCAAUUGUUAAAAGUUGAGAAACUCAAGAUGUUUAAACUUUUGAUGCAAAUGGGGAAUCGAUUCCGAUGAUUCAUCAACCAAUCCCUACACGACAACCUCGGCCACACUCUAGUUUUACUUCACCACACCUCAACGGCGAUAUUCCAAUUCAGCAACAUGAAGCUCUUCACUAAGUCAGCAUCCCUCGAUCGCAAUCUCCAGCCAUCGCCGGAAAUGAAAGACAAAGUGAUGGCCAUGGAGAAAAUCGUAGGCCACAACUUCAAGAACAAGAGGCUUCUAGAGGAAGCUCUUACACACUCCUCCAUCACUUGCUCUCCCUCGUAUAAGCGUCUCGCGGUGCUUGGCGACGCCACCCUUGAACUCGCUAUGAGUAAUCACCUCUUUCUUGCUUACCCCAACAUGGAUCAAGACAACUUCACUAAUCUCCGCUCCGCCAAUGUUAAUAACGUGAAGUUCGCACUCGCCGCUGUAAAACAUGGUUUUUAUGGCUGCCUUAACCAAAAAUCAUCUGCGCUCGAUGAUGAGGUUGGGGAGUUUGCCAAAGCGGUAUCGGAAUGGAAUGAAAAAUAUGAGAUGACGCUUGUAUACGAUGGGACCAUACAACCCAAUCAUGUUCUUGGAGAUAUUGUGGAGUCAGUGGCAGCUGCUAUAUACAUUGACUUGAACUUUGAUCUGGACAAACUAUGGAUGAAAUUUAAGCAUCUCUUGGAGCCUAUAAUUACUCUCGAAGGAUUGUUAGAUCACCCUGUGUCAGUGUUGUAUAAGCUUUGCCAGACGCAUGGAAAGUUCGUUAAAAUCAAGGGGGACAUAAAUGAUACCGAAAAUUUAAGUAUUGCUAGUGUGUAUGUUGAUGGUAUCUUAAUUGCCUCGGCUUCUUAUAAACAUAUGGCAAUUGCAAGGCUUCAUGCUGCAAGAAAAGCUCUACCUGAGUUGUCCAAAACAUUCGGCAUAAGCUCUGAGUUGGUUGAUGUUGCUGCUGAAAAUGAAGCCAAACAGAAUUUGAAUGUGCUUUGUGACGAGAAGAGGAUCCCUAGACCAACUUACAACAAAGAGAAAGAAUCUGGUCCUGUACAUGAGAAGAGAUUUGUAUCAUCAGUUGAAAUUUCAACUUUAGAGCUAAAAAUGAUGGGAGAUGAAAGGUCGAGAAUAAAAGAUGCGGAGAAUUCUGCGGCUGCCUUGAUGAUCCUUGGUUUACUACAAUCCGAUGCUAUGACCAACACCAAAGAAGCAGCUAAUAGUAGGAUUGGUUAUUUUCCCUCAGUACUAUACAGACUUUGGGUUAUGAUUCGUUGGGUGACAAGGCUGCUUGUUUUUUGUUUCAAAGGAGUAAGUCUGUUAGUUAUUUUCUUUACUGUGGUCGAAUUAGUUAUUGGAUAGUCCUUCCCUUUAUUUCCAUAUUUGGAGGUCACACUUGAUUCCUCUUGGAAUUUCAAAGAGCUUGUUUGUAUGGCCUCGUUUGAUGUUCAGGACUAAAUAAGAAUGUUGGUCAUGGAUUGAAUGUUAAUCAUGUUCUAUAUUCAUGUGUACCACCAGAUUUUUAUGGGUGGCACAGUAUCAAGACAAAACAUAAGAAGAAAUUUGUAUCCUCAGUUAAAAUUGCAACCGCGGAUGGUGUGCUUUCGUGAUAGGUGAUGAAAUGUCGAGAAUAAAAGAUGUGGACAACUCUGCAGCUUCGUUGAUGACCUGUGCUGUACAAGAAUCUGGUUAUAUAUGAUACAACUCUGAUUUUUUAUUCUU